CUGGCUCGCUCUAUUUAUAAGUACCUGUGGCACCAGCACUUCCCCUCAUCACCACUUGGACGCAAAAAUGGCACCUGCAACACUGUCUCUGUCUCUCCUCCUCCUGUUCUCACUCAGCAUCGCCGUAACCGUUAGAUCGAGCGACUACGACUACGAUUGUGUGUACACUGCGUACGUUAGAACCGGUUCGGUGUUGAAGGGCGGAACGGACUCUAAGAUCGGGCUGAAGCUGUACGACAAGUACGGCUACUACAUCUACAUUAAAAACCUCGAAGCAUGGGGCGGCUUGAUGGGCAAGGGCUACGACUACUUCGAGCGCGGCAACCUCGACAUCUUCAGCGGAAGGGGACCCUGUCUUGACGGACCCGUCUGUGCCGUUAACGUUACUUCUGACGGAUCGGGUUCUCACCACGGCUGGUACCUUAACUACGUCGAGGUCACCUCCACUGGGCCCCACCUUUCCUGCGCUCAGGAUCAGUACGAAGUGGAGCAGUGGCUCGCUCUCGACACUUCGCCUUACCAGCUUUGGGCCGUUAGGAACCACUGCCGCUACAGUUUGGACCGGGCCCAGCCCGUUUCGGAGCGCCCCGGAUCCGGAUCCGGAUCUGCGUUCUCUAUUUUGAAUGCACGAGCCUGAGGAAGGUUUUUGAGUCGCUGGUGUUUUAUGUGUGCUUCGUGUAUUUAUAUUUAUUAAUAUUGAGAAACAGAUCGCCAUAGUACUUGAAUUGGCAUCGGGUUUGGGUUAACAACCCGUUUUGUCUAUGUAGUCUUCAAUAAUAAUUGGCCCUAUCUGUAUGGCCUCGAUGAUCUGGAUAUGACAGUACUACUAUAUGCUUAAUGCCUCAAUGGUAGCCAACUAUUUAUUACUCAACUUUAUCUUUUCCAAAUAAUAUAUAGAUGGAACGAUUGAUGGAGUA